AUCAGUUGACUGCUUGACUCAGCAACAAGAACAAUACAAAUCAAUCAAAAUGUUCGCCAAGGUGUUAUGCUUCGCCACCCUCGUAGUGCUAGCGGUCGCCCAACAUGGACACGGACACGGUCACGCUUACUCCUCGCAGCACAUCUCCCGACAUGACGGACAUCCCGAGGUCGUGCACCACGGACAUGGCGAACAUGGUGAACAUGGCCACGGACAUCACGGACAUGUUGACUACUACGCGCACCCAAAAUACGAGUUCGAAUACAAAGUGGAGGAUCACCACACCGGAGACAUCAAGUCGCAGCACGAGAACCGCGACGGAGACGUCGUGAAGGGAUACUACGCGCUGCACCAGCCUGAUGGACAUGAGAGGACCGUACACUACCACGGUGAUCACCACACUGGCUUCCACGCUGACGUGAAAUUCGACACUCAUCAUCACAUCCCCAAGCAUCAUCAUUAAAACUAGAAACAAGCAAUGAAAACGGUAGUUUUACGAAUACAAGCGAUCUGUGAUGUAAAUACUUGUUCUGUUACUUUUGUCUUGAGUUAGGCAAUUUUUACGAUUUUUAAAGUUUGUUCCUUCUGUAUUGUUAUCAUCUUGUUCAUUGUUGCUACGUUGUUAAUUAAUUUUACGACUACUUCGAUAUGAUCUGAAAUUAAACGCGUUUU